GUCGUUGGGCGAUGUCCUGGCGCUGGGAUCCCUUGGGGCUCUCUGCCGAGUGACCCCGGCCGGCGACGAGACCCCCAUCCCACCCCCAGUCGAGUACCGGGACGCUCACCCCACUCCCAGUCAAAUACCGGGACCCCCAUCCCACACUGGGUCCCCCAUCCCACACCGGGAUGGUUCAGUACGGGGCAUCCCGGUACUGAUGUAUCAUCCCACCCCAGUCAAAUAUCCCACACCGGGUCCCCCAUUCCCACCCCUGGGAUGGUUCUGUACCAGGACCCCUAUUCACAGCCCUCCCAUCCUGGUACCGAGACCCCCAUCCCACCCCCUGUCAAGUACUAGGACCCCUAUUCCCACUCCUCCCAUCCUGAUACCGGGACCCUCAUCCCAAUCCUCCAUCCCACACUGGGGCCCCCAUCUCACCCCUCCCAUCCCAGGGAUCCUCAUCUCACCCCCCUAAGUCUGCUUCUGGGACCCCCAUCCCACCCCCAAAUUCAGCAUCAUCCCAUCCCACCCCCAGUCAAAUAACAGGACCCCCAUUCCUACCCAUCUCAUCCGAGACCACUGCCUCUCCCAUGCAGCACUGGGAUCUCCAUCUCAUUCCUCUCAUCCCUGGACCCCCAUCCCAUCCCUCCUAUCUUGGUACUGGGACCCCCAUCCCCCCCCCCCCCCCGGCCCCAGGACCCCCCUCCCACCCCCCUUGUCCUCAUCCUAGAUCUUUCCCUCUUCGGGGAUGGGUGCUGCCCUGUCCCUCUCAGUGUUCCCCAGCCUGGAUCCGAUGUGGGUGUCCCACUGACCACUCAGAGCUCCCUCUGCUCCCAGACCUGGCUCCCACCCCAGGACCUCCCAAACUCUUGUCUCUGUCCCCCCAGCAUUUCAGGAACACCUUCAUCCAGUUUUCCAUCUGAUUUUGAGGACACCCCCAGUGGAUCUGUGGCUUUGCUUGGAGCUCCAGCGCUGCCUCGCUUAUCCCCCUCUAGCUUGUUUGAGGCUGGGAAUGAUUCCAGAUCCCUUCCAUGAUCCCCCUUGCUCAUUCCUACUCCCCUUGCAGUGGCAGAGGGUUUGAGGUGUUUCAUUCCCUGUUCUUGAUGACAAGAGCUGGGUAGGAAGGGACAUGAAUGCUGGGAUAAUUGGAUUUUGAGGACAGAGCUGCUUUGCCUUGUGCCUGGAGGUGCUUUCCUGCACCUCCUCCCCACCUGGAUUCCUCAGCCACGCUCCUGGGGAUAUAAGGACCUUGGAAGGAAGUGAUCCGGGCUCUAAUGUGCUCACUCCAUCCCUGCCUGACCUGGAUACUCAGCACUAUUUUUGUUUGGCUCCUUUCAAAUCCAGUCUCAGGGCAGCGGAAUCAUCUGUUUUGUGGGGAAUGCCUGCAGCCCUGCCUGCAGGUGCCAUCCCCGCUGUGCCCACUCUGCCGUGUGCCCUUUGAUCCCAAAAAGGUGGAGAAGGCUUCCAGCGUGGAGAAGCAGCUCUCAUCCUACAAGGCUCCCUGCAGAGGCUGCAGCAAGAAGGUGACCCUGGCCAAAAUGCGCUCUCACGUCUCAUCCUGCGCCAAGGUGCAGGAGCAGAUGGCCAACUGCCCCAAGUUUGUUCCAGUUGUCCCCACAUCCCAGCCUAUUCCCAGCAACAUUCCCAACCGCUCGACGUUUGUGUGUCCGUACUGCGGGGCCCGGAACUUGGACCAGCAGGAGCUGGUGAAGCACUGCAUGGAAAACCACAGAAAUGACCCCAACAAAGUGGUGUGCCCGGUGUGCUCAGCCAUGCCCUGGGGAGAUCCCAGCUACAAGAGUGCCAACUUCCUCCAGCACCUCCUCCACAGGCACAAGUUCUCCUAUGACACCUUCGUGGAUUACAACAUCGACGAGGAGGCAGCGUUGCAGGCGGCCCUGGCUCUGUCCCUCUCUGAGAACUGAGGGGGAUCCCCCUCCCUGCCCCGGCUCCUUUUGCACACUCGGCCUUCCGGGAGACAUGGAUCCCGUGGGCAUCCCCAGAGCCCCACUGCUGCCUCUCUUCCCUCUGCUCUGGGGGCAAAUCCCACCUUGUUUCAGAAGGUGGAGUCUCCUCAUCGUCGUAGUGAUGAAGCAGAGACGUCUGGAGAGAGGAGCCGGCACCGAAGGGCUGGGAUCAAUCCUGGUUUAGGCAUUUCAUAUCCGUACUCGGAGCAUAUCCCUGUGUCCAGAUCUAUUUAUUAUUAGAUGCUUUUUGGCACA